AUGAAAAACCUUUGCUUUGGGAAAGACCUUAAUGACAAGACAAGCCACAGACUGGGGAAAACAUGUGCAAAUCACAUCUGGUUUGCAAACAAGAUAACGGCCGACGCGGUGCUGGAGGAUGUGGAGGUGUGGAGGAAUGGCCACCUGUUGCCGGGGCAGGCGGGAGGCCUGGAAGGCAGCGGUUCUCCACCGCGGCGCCGGGACGGCGGGGCGGGCCCCCGGGCCCGGCGGCACGCACGCCUUCCCCCCGGGCACCCGGAGGCCGCGUUCCGGACGCCGGCACGUGCAGGGGCGCCGACGGCCCCCGCGGGCUCCGGCCUCGCCGCAGCCCGGCGCCUGCGGGGCCCCGGGGGCGCGGGCUCCGUGACCGGGCGCGGGCGCGCCGGCCGGGCGGAGCCCGCGCGGCCCCCGGGGGACCCGGCCCGGGACCUCCGCCCCCGGGGACUCGGGCUCCGCCCCGGCGCCGCCCCGGCCGGCCCGGGCCUCCCCUCCCCACCUCCCCGCCGACCCGGGCCGCGGCUCACCCUCCGUCCCGGCCGCCGCGCCGCCGCCACCGCCACCCUCGCAGCCCCGGGCUUCCCGGCGGGCCCGCGCCGCCCGCUCCCCGGGGCAACGGCGGUGAUGGGGCUUCCGGCUCCGCACUGGGCUCGGGCCGAGCGGCCGGCGGCGGGGCCCGCGGGGGCCGAGCUGGACGCGGUCUCCUCGCCAGCGAACCGACGCGCUUCGGCGCAUGCGCCGGGUCGGCGCCGGGCUCGCUCGGCGCACGCGCGCCGCCGCCCGGUCAAGCCCCGCCCCGCGCGACCCCGCCCCGCGCGACACGCCCCCUCCUGGAGCCGCCGGCGCGCGGUGAUUGGGCCCCGGAGGUUCGCACCUUCCCGGCGGCCCGCGUGCGGGCGGAGGCCCGAGGCGAGGCGAGCGACGAGGGCGGUCUCCCGGAGCGCAGCGGGCCGAGGGCUCGGGCGGGCCUCCCUUCCCACGGAGCAGGCUUCCGGGGCUGGCGGGGUCCGAGCCCGGGUGAGGACCGGAGGGGCACAAACGCUCCCGGACGCCGGGCCGCAGCGCGCGGCGCUGGGAGACCCGGCCCAGCCGCCAGGCCCCGCGAGGGGGACGAGCGUCCGCCCGACGGUCUCCGCGGCCCGGCCCGAAGUCCACCCAGCGCCGCGUAGCGCCGGCCUCCCCGACGGCAGCGCGGGCCUCCCCGACGGCAGCGCGGGCCUCCCCGACGGCAGCGCGGGCCUCCCCGACGGCAGCGCGGGCCUCACCCCACCGCCACGCCGGCCUCCCCCACCGCAGCGCGGGCCUCCCCGACGGCAGCGCCGGCCUCCCCCACCGCAGCGCGGGCCUCCCCCACCUCAGCGCGGGCCUCCCCCACCGCAGCGCGGGCCUCCCCCACCGCCACGCCGGCCUCCCCCACCGCAGCGCGGGCCUCCCCGACGGCAGCGCCGGCCUCCCCCACCGCAGCGCGGGCCUCCCCCACCUCAGCGCGGGCCUCCCCCACCGCAGCGCCGGCCUCCCCCACCGCAGCGCCGGCCUCCCCCACCGCAGCGCGGGCCUCCCCCACCUCAGCGCGGGCCUCCCCCACCGCAGCGCGGGCCUCCCCCACCGCAGCGCCGGCCUCCCCGACGGCAGCGCGGGCCUCCCCGACGGCAGCGCCGGCCUCCCCCACCGCAGCGCGGGCCUCCCCCACCGCAGCGCCGGCCUCCCCGACGGCAGCGCGGGCCUCCCCGACGGCAGCGCGGGCCUCACCCCACCGCAGCGCCGGCCUCCCCGACGGCAGCGCGGGCCUCACCCCACCGCAGCGCGGGCCUCCCCGACGGCAGCGCGGGCCUCACCCCACCGCAGCGCCGGCCUCCCCCACCGCAGCGCCGGCCUCCCCCACCGCAGCGCCGGCCUCACCCCACCGCAGCGCCGGCCUCCCCCACCGCAGCGCGGGCCUCCCCGACGGCAGCGCGGAUCCCUAACCACAGCGCGGGCCUCCCCCACCGCAGCGCGGGCCCCCGACCACAGCAGCACGUGUGCAGGUCUGAAAAGCUGUGUGGGGACGGGAAGGAGCUUCUGCCUCUGGGAGACACGGGGCACUGGGUUCGGUGCCCUUUGCCUGGCAAGUGA